AGGCGGACUUUUCAUUAGGAAGUACUUGACCAAUUCAUGUAUAUUGUCUGUUUUGAGUAUUUCCAAGCGGUUUCAUUCGGGUCCCUGUGAUAGUAGCGGUUCGCGUGUUAUUUUUAGGCCCUUUUUCUUCGCUCACUUGAAAAGGAUUCGCGUUUUUUUUCCUUGAUCGUGUCCUAGCUACGUUUUCACUGAAAAGGAUGGUUCCUCCCGACCGCAGCAGCGUUUGUGGACUAGUAGAGCAGUGCUGUUCUGAAUCCUUACACUUCCUUGAUCGUCGUUAUACACAACUUGCACACCUCGCUGCGACACAAAACACAACUUGCACCACCUCGCGCUAGGCACAUUCAUUCACUCACUCGCACAGUCUUAAAUAAGAUGAAUUUGCACUACAGCGACCUCUAGAAAAAUGAUAUUUUCCGAGGGCGACACUAAGGUGCCCGAAAAUGUUGAGAGCAGGAUCGAACCUGCUGUAGAUGAUGUGUCGACCGACGACAGUGGUGGGCCGAUUGGGCCCCUGAUACGGCUACUUAACAUAAGUGGCGAGCUGAUCACGGAAACUGUGGCUGAAACGACGGAAAACGAGUUGGAAUUCACAGCAGAAACCAGAAAUACUUUGCGCCAGAAGGCAGCUGAAUUUCUUGGCGUUCCAUGGCAGCAUGUGCUGCUGUUCUUUGAUUCAGAAAACGUUACCUUCGCUGACGCUCUGCCGCGUGCGCUAGUUGCUGAUGACGAGUUGCAUGCUGGUGUUGAUCACCAGAAAGCAAAGUGGCUGAAAGCAUUGCAAGGUUUAGAGAAAUACUUUCAUAGCCGCGACUCAGAGAUGAAGAUACAACUCUCAACUUUUGAGUGGGAAUAUGAUGGGUACGGCGGGGAUGGACUUUUGUCACCUCAUACAUACCGCUCGAGGAUGGAUAUCGUGUCCCGUGCGGGUGCCGCUCACCGCGGAGACCACAAGAACACGCGUUUGUUUAGCGACAACGAGUUGGCGUUUCGCCACUUCAAUCUUCCCGAUGGGUCGUCUUGUCGUCUGCAAGUCCGCGUAUGUAGCCGCUUCGUUGGCCUUGUGCCGAGGGAAAUUCUCGGAGAUCUGCCAAUAAUGGUUGCGGCGGUGCGACUGUCACCUUUCAUGGCGUUGUCUGAAGCUCGCGAAGAAAUAUUUUGGUCUGUUUUAGAAUCGCUACUGUGGGAUCCCGAGUUUCUGAUGACAGUGCAACGGACAAGUGCAAGAGGGAAAGCCUUCGAGUUUUGUGCCUAUAAACUCUGCAAGCGAGACUAUAGACGGGCAUUUAAAGAGCAUGCAGGGAACUGUGCCUUUGUGCGUGCUAUUCUGGUGGGUUCAUACUAUCUGGCGAGCAGAAGAGAGGGACCAAUAGCAGAUUUUACUGCUUUGAUACUGAAUGCUUUCAGUGACGGUUCCUGGCCCUGUCACAGUCGCGAGUUUCUGCGAGAAAUGGUUGCAGAAAAUGGUCGCAUAUUGGAGUGCCAAAAUGGCGCUUUUCCGCCCGUGAUCUUGCGCGACGACAAGGAGCUGGUUGUUCUAGCAGCGAAGACAUACCCUGGAGUGCUGGCGACGGCUUCUGAAAGGCUAAGGGGGGAUCCCGACGUCGUGCGCGCGGCCUGUUGCCACAAUAACGGUAGGGCUCUUCUAUUUGCAAACCCACGCUUUCGACACGAUAAGGUUUUUGUUGAGCAGCUGAUGGAAAUAUCAGGGCCCGCGUUGCGGUACUGCUCGCGAGAGUUACGCGCUGAUCGCGCAAUAGUAGAAAAAGCUGUAAAGCAAAACGCAACUGUCUUUGAAAUCCUUUCGAAAGCGUUGCGGGGUGACCAAAGUCUUGCGAUGCUAGCUGUUUCACGGGACCCGCGUAUGCUGUCCUAUGUGAUCGAACCCAUUCGCGCGGUCGUGCUCGCUGCGACAGGUGCUGCUAACGGCAGCAUAGCUGCUGACAUCUUCUAUCACGAGACAAGAUAUGGGUUCUUGCGCGAAGAAACUGUCGCAUUGGCUGUGCUCAAAAAGAAUCCAGAUCUCUACACGCUAGUGGUCGAUGCCCUCGGCUUCACCCGACCCCCUGGGCUACUGAGUUCUUCUGACGAAGAUGCCAUUGUAGGCUUCUGUGAGAGAGCUAUAGGUGCCGAACCUCGGGUGGGUGAAAGGAUGGGAGAGACCCAAGGCGGGCUGUGGAGCCAUCUCUACUGUGUAGCGAAGCGCAGGCCCGACGCUUUUCGUCAGUGGAUGCAUGACUGCCCAAGCGGGCCGCCUGCUGUACUACGGCAGUUUUUACUUCGUCGGGACACAAACGCUAAUUUGGACGGCCCCACUGUUGGGAUUGCUCAUAGGGAGACGUCGUGGUUAGUACGGCACCGAGGCAGCGAAGUGUGUUCAGCCCUCCGAGAGGAAUUCCUGAAAGCGUGCAUUCGAGGGGGAAAAGCAGCAUUUUGCAUGCAGUUUCUUCCGCAUGAAUUUCAGGACGAUGUAGAGGCACUUGUCGCAGCAACUAAGGAAGACAUCACUGGAAAAGCGUAUCAAAAGUUUUCGUCGAGUGAGAUGCGAAAGGACGUUAGAGUUGUGUAUCGGCUUCUUCGGGAGGGCUGCUGCCUUCGGCAGGAUCACUGGUCAAGCUGCCACUCACCGGAGAAUAUUAAAGAGCAGACUUUCUAUCAAAUAGCGCUCGAAACGAGAUUUUUAAAGUUUUUCACUGGUUGGAAUGAGCUCGCGGCACAAGAAGCAUUCAAUCUCGCCCAUAUGGCACUAGAGCGAGGAUAUCGGAUUAAAAAUCUACCCGCGUCUGUUAAGAAUUUAAUAGAUUUCGAUUUGCAGAAGGACCCGCUACUAAAGGAAGUUGAUCGUCUUUACGUGCAUCACGUGUGCGGUCCUAUCAUGUUUGUGUCGGAAGAGACGACGCUCAGCGAUAUUUUAGACCGCCUCGAUCCGCUGGAGCAUCGCGCCGGUAGCUACGAGGGAUUUUUGCGCGUACUGGACGAGAGAGGGCUGAGGGCGCCUCCGAUUCCGGCUACAGAGGACAUCCGCAUCCCUGGAGAAGUUUGGGGUGCCAGGCAGCAAAGACUAUGAGUCAAGCACAAGGCAUUCCUCCUAGUCGCGUGAAAGCAAACAUUAUAGUGGGAGCUACGAUACUACCCUCGACAACGUAGACGGAAAUAGAGCUCGGCAGCUGGAGUGCUAGCCCGCUUGCGACGCGUUCUAGUAUUAAAAUACACGCACUAUCUUUUUUUGCGCGUUUACGUUGUAUCAUGUUUGCGCCUGGGCCCUGGGUUUUUCUUUUUGCGCGAUCGUCAUGUUCAUAUAACAACUUGUUCCACAUCCUACGAGGGUUAGUUGAUUUCCCAUGGUCGGAUGUGAAGUUGCAGAUUUUUAUGGCGUUCUCUUAUCAGACCCUUUCAUUGCUGUGUUUUCGUUUGCUUGAAAAUUUGUACAGUCAGGAAUUCUAAAUGAUGGACAGUUGGUUCACGGCCACCACAAGACUCACGACGCGAACUUGCAACAGAGUAAUCAAU